AUGAUGGCCAAAGAUGCUAACCUAACUCUGCCUGAGGUGCUCAAUGAGGGGCUAGCAGAAAAACAGGAGGCCAACCACUUGGAGGACCAGUUUGUUGAGAAGGUGUUGUACACCAACUUGGACCAGCCCAAUGAAGAUCAGCCCAACCCCCCACUGGCUGACAAACAGCUAUUGAACAACAUCUCCAAGGACAAAGAUGAAUUUGAGAAAGGAGCAGAGAUUAAGAGGAUGGUGGGGAAGCUCAAGCAGCUGAAAUCAGCAAGCAAUUAUGCCACAGAGUUUAGAAUCAUAACCAACAAACUAGAAUGGUCAGACCCAGCCCUCAUUGCCUCCUUCCACCAGGAACUCAAAGCAGAAGUCAGAAGCAAGCCAAUUGAGUACACCCUGCACAAGAACAUCACUGAACUGGACGAGUUUAUCUCUACUGCCUGUCUAAUUGAUCACACGCUGUUUGAGGCAUGCAAGGAGCUAAGAAAUGACAGCAACAGCAGCACCAGCUCACCACAACGCCCUGCUCAAGGGCACUCAAGCACUUUUGUUUCCAAGAAGGUUCAGGAAGCAAGGAGAAACGCUGGAGAAUGUUCCAAGUGUGGGGAGAAGUCUCACAAAUGGGAGGACUGCAAGAAUGGAUGGCACCUCAAAACAAUAGAACGUUCUAAGCCUGAUUCAGGAAAGGCUGCAGAAGUAGAAGAGCUGGAAUUGCUUCCCCAAGCAGGAAAGGAAGUGCUCUACACUCAAACAGCCCUAAUUGAUUCUGGUUCUUCUGCUAACUUUGUUGAUCCCCAAUUUGCCCGCUCCCACAACAUUCCACUCAUUGAAUUGGACUCCCCCCGCUCUGUCAUUAUCAAUGGCAAACAAGUCUGCAACCCUAUCCGCUUCAAGGCCCAAUUAGUCUUUAGCUCUCAAAACAGGCAAUUAUCCACCAUCUUCUAUGCCCUGCCCCAUGGAAACAGAAACCUUAUCCUUGGAACCCCCUGGCUCAAAUUGGCUAACCCAGACAUUGAUUAG